GCGAUUGUGAACAAAUCAGGCAACGUUGUUUUGCAUAAAUGCGUGUGAAGAAUUUCGCGCCGUUUAAUUGUGUUUUUAUCAUAAAGAAAUCUUAGACAAUUUAUUAAAUUUUCUAGUUUUAUGAAUCCAUACAUGGAAUUAUUUUAAAUGCAUGCGACCUCGUAGGGAUUAACAAAGAGGCAAUUUUUAAAUUUAUCUUUAACUCGAGUGCGUGUAGCGUUCACUUUACAGAGAGUGUGUGUGCUGUAAGAAUGCCACCACAAAAGAAACGGGACAAGGAAAUAAAAGAAUCGUUGGCGUCUAACCAAAAUGGCAGCUCCAAAACAGAUAUUACAGCUGGUAAUCAACUAAAUCAACUGAUUAGCAAUGGUUCCAAUUCAGAUUCUGCAGGUGGUUCGGCCGCGUCAGCAGCAGAAGCGAUCAAACUUAAUGGUCAUCAGCAAGAACAGGAACUGUUUUUGCAGGCUUUUGAAAAGCCAACACAGAUUUACCGCUUUUUACGCAAUCGUCACAUAACCAGUCCUAUAUUUUUACAACGAACAUUAAGUUAUAUGAAAGAACGCAUGUCGCGAAAUAACAGGAAACGCAGCGCUUUCAAAGUAAAUUCUAUGCUGGAGAUGUUAACGCAGAAGACUCAAACAUUAUCAAACAAUUACCUCAACAUCAUUUACAAUGGACUUUUUGAGAAAAAUCCUUGCAGUGAUCAUUCUUGGCAGGCGGGUGAUACACUUUUGGUAGAAUCUACUUUAUAUAAAAUUACCAAAAGCAAACGCAAAGAUAGUACUUCAGAUUUUCAAGAAAUUUUGAGCUACAAUUCGGCUGUCAUAUAUAAUCCACCAGAGAAAAUGGAACAAUUAGCUGCAAUUUCCAUACCAGCACAGGCAAUGCAUCCUUUGGGCGAUCAACAUACUAUUUAUAAAUUGCUUUUUCGCAUUAAAGUUAAUCCAACUGUUAGUAACGGAGAGGUUCACAAUGAAGAAACGCCAAGCAAAUUACCCAAAUAUUCACAUAAAAUCUAUGGCUGUGAAUUAAUCGUUUAUGAGAAGAAUAUAGGUUGCUUGCCAGAAGGAGAUUAUGAGGCUGCCUUACAGGAACUCAACUGUAUGAGUAUUAAAUCGUUUUCACCAAAGAAGCGUAGCUGGGAAACACUGCCAGAUAAUUACAUUCCGAUUUCUAUGAAAUUUGAUGUCUUCACGCAAUUUCCUACGUUAAAGUUUCGUUUAACUUGGUCCGCCAUUGAACUGCCCAAGAGCUUGUUCACUGCAGAUAUGGAGAAAUAUGGGCGUUUUAAUGAAAUGGUUGCAGCUUGUCAAAUGGGCGAUAUGUCCAUAAAUGACCGAAAAACAAAUCACAUCAAUAAUAAUAAUAAUAAUUCUUUAAAAGAUUCUCCUAAUAAUAUAAACAAUAAUAGUAAAGAAUCGUUAAAGGGAUCCUUGAAAGCUCCUACCAAACCGGAAAAAACACAAAUUGUUUACAAUUUCUUGUACAGCAAUAAUACUAGGCAACAAACAGAAUACACACAGGAAGUAAUAUGUCCUUGGUGCGGCUUAGAUUGUAUGCGUUUGUAUUCAUUGCUCAAGCAUUUGAAACUGUGUCACGCGCGUUUCAAUUUUACGUAUCAGCCAGCGGCUGGAAAUGGUGCUAGAAUUGAUGUAACGAUCAAUGAUGCAUACGACGGCUCAUAUGCCGGCUCUCCUUACGAUUUAGCGGGACCAUCAGGAUGUUCGUUUGCACGCACCUGCGGUCCUGUUCGACGUACAACUGUAACAAAUUUAUUGGUUUGUCGACCCAGACGUCAAAAAACUGGUCUAGAUGAGUUUUUAGUUUUAGAUGAAGAUGAGUUAAGCAAUCAGAGACCUUACAUAACAGGACACAAUAGAUUAUAUCAUCAUACUGAGACUUGUUUACCUGUUCACCCCAAAGAGCUUGAUAUUGAUUCAGAAGGCGAAAGCGAUCCGCUCUGGCUGCGUCAAAAAACAAUCCAAAUGAUUGAUGAAUUUACCGAUGUUAACGAGGGAGAAAAGGAACUUAUGAAAUUGUGGAAUUUGCAUGUUAUGAAGCACGGUUUCGUAGGCGAUUGUCAAUUGCCCCUCGCCUGCGAGAUGUUUCUCGAUGUAAAUGGCCACGAAAUUAUUCGUAAAAAUAUUUAUCGUAACUUUAUAUUACAUAUGUGUUCACUGUUCGAUUACGGUCUCGUUUCGCCGGAAACCGUUUACAAGACUGUGCAGAAGCUUCAAGGAAUACUCAGUAAAUAUUCAGAAGGCCGAGAGAUGAUGUCACAACAACGUGCUGCCCAGUUAAAAUUCUGGUUAGAAAUAGGUAUUCAUAAGCAAGAUGAACAGAAAUUGAAAUCGCCUUUAAAAUCGUUACCACCUCCACCUCCCAAUCCUAUCAUCAAAACGUUGGACGAAGAUAUUUCUAUGGAUAAUAAAAGCGCCAUGCAACCUCCAUCAAAACGUUCAAACACCGCCAUUAAAAGAUCAAGCGGCAAUCUCUCGAAUGCUAUAAACGGUGACAAAUCUUCGGAAAGUAAAAGUGUAGCCCGUAAAUCGGCAAUUUCCCACGAUGAUGAUACAAAGUCUAAAUUGAAUAGUUUAAAGAGAAACAGUAAUGGUGAAGCAAAUCGCAAUCGGACAGUGGCUGAUGCCAAAGCCCAAGCCGCAAAAAGAAGACUUUCAACAAAAGAUAAUCAACAACCUGCCUCAAAGCGUCAAAGGAACGAUAGCAAUAGCACUGCCAAUACAGCUACAGCAGCAACAAUAAUAACAACAACAACCACAACAACAAACGCAACAAUAACAGCAACUUCCAAAAAUUUAAAUAGUAACCAAAAACAUGAUAACUCUGCUAAUAAACGCAUAGCGACAAGGCGUCAAUCUAUAGCCUGCCUACCCAGUCACGCUGAUCAAAACAAUAAAUCGCAAGAAUUUAAAACAAAUGGAAAGUCUGCAGCUCACAUGCUACGCACGCGUCUUUCUGUGCCUCUGCAUAGCAAAUCGGAGAAACGUUGACAUUGUAUUUUAUUGCUGUGACUUUUUGUUGAGUUGUUUGCCUUUGUAUAGAUAUAUUUUGAUUUUUGAAUGAUUCACGUAAACAUAUGCAAACAUUUUGUUUAGAAAAAUAAUUUUAUAAAUGUA